GGUAUAGUACGAGACGCUGACAGUUGAAGAAGCAACUGAGGUUUUGAACAGUGUUCCGUGACUUCUCCAGGAGAUACAGCCACAAAGCGUUUCAAGACCUUGGACAGCACCCGGUCGGUACCCGAAGCAGAACAGCGGAUCAUUUUGGCAAAUGUAUAAAGCGAUGUUACAAAGGAACGGCUCCCAGCUCCUUUUUCUAAUAGCCCUGUGCAGUGUGCUAUAUUCCCGGACUCAGUGUUUGCCAUAUGCAUCUAUGAGACCUACGAGACACGCAGACGGUCUCUUUACUAGUGGAUACAGCAAACUUCUUGGACAGCUAUCGGCGCGGCGGUACCUGGAAUCCUUGAUCGGAAAACGAGUCAGUGAUGACAUGAUGGAGGACCAGGUACCAGUGAAGCGCCACUCAGAUGCCAUAUUCACAGACAACUACAGUCGCUUCCGCAAACAGAUGGCUGUGAAGAAAUAUCUGAACUCGGUUCUGACAGGAAAGAGAAGUCAAGAAGACCCUCCGAUGCAAGAAGAAUCCAGAAGUGAGCCCUCGUUUCAAGAGAGCUAUGAUGACGUCAACGUAGAUCACCUCCUCAAUAACUUCCAAUUGCCACUCUGAAGAAGACCCACUGGUGCGACGACCUCAAUCGUCAACCUCAUCGAUCUGCCAUUCAAAACAAUAUUUAAGUUCUUCAACAACGGGCUAAAAGUCAUGUGUGGUUAUCUCUACAGUAUAAAGUGAAUGUUUACAUUGUAUAUAAGUUAAACUAAAACAAAAAAUAUUGGUCUAAAGAUGUAGGCCACAGUAAAUAUUAUACAUGUCCACCUGGGAUUAGAUAGAUUUGCUUUGUCCAGGACUCUGUAAAUGGUAGUUCAAUAAAUGCAUUCUAAACAAGCUUUAUACUGCUAUAGAGUACCAUCAGCUUAAACAGAAGAGGACCACAUUUAGAGCGGCUAUGAUGCAUAUAAUCACUUUAUAUCCAUGUGGAACAACGCUAUACCUUGUGCAAAAACUUACCUAGAGCAUUUAGUUCUGUGAAACUGUCCACCAAAUAAAAUAUGUCCAUUUA